AUGUCCUCCUCUGAUCUCAGGCAGAACAAUGUGGGCUUACUGGUUUAUUCAUAUAAAGUUCCUCCCAAGAUCUAUGACAUCUCAUCCGACAUCACGGUAAAUGAGGGCAGUAAUGUGUCACUCAUCUGUAUGGCGAGUGGGAAACCCGAGCCCAGCCUUUCCUGGAGACACAUAACCCCAUUAGCCAGGAAGUAUGACAGUGGUGAAUAUCUUAACAUCACGGCUAUCACAAGGGACCAGGCCGGGGACUACGAAUGCAGUGCUCUAAAUGACAUCGCCUCUCCAGACACCAAGACAGUAAAAGUUACAGUCAACUGUAAACACUAA